AUGGAUCUCCUCCACCGUGCGUUUUCAUUUCUCCUUUUCUCUUACCUCCUUUUCUCUUCCUCUUUUGUCUUUGCCAGUGCCAAUAACAGUAAGGCUUUGUCAACCCACAAGCAAUGCAUUGAAGAUCACUUCUCUGCUUUGCUCCACUUGAAACACAGCUUUAAUUUCUCUGCUGAGUUCAGCAAGACUAGACUCCCCUCUUGGAAUCCUGAUAACAGGGAUUGCUGCUCUUGGGAAGGCAUCACCUGCGAUGGUGCCACUGGUCACGUGACCAGUCUCAACCUCAACGAGCUCGAUAUCUUUGGUCGGAUUGAUUUUGUAAGCCUCUUUCGUCUUCAGAGCCUUCAGAAGCUCAACCUCGCUUCCAAUUACUUCAAUGACUCUACAAUCCCAUCUGGGUUUGAGCAGCUCACCAGUUUGACCCAUCUCAACCUCUCCCGUUCGAAUUUUUAUGGCCAAAUCCCGCUGGAAAUCUCCCGCUUGACCACUUUGGUGUCCCUCGAUCUAUCUUUCAAUGAAUAUAGCAAUGGUUCGGUUGCUGAAUACCUGAAACUCGAAAUCCCGAAUAUUGGAGCAUUCGUCCAAAAUCUCUCGAGUAUGAGAGAACUCCAUCUCGAUUGGGUAAACAUCUCAGCGCAGGGUAGCGACUGGGCCAUGGCCUUAUCCUCGGCACUCCCUCUUCUCCGCAAGUUGAGCUUGAGAGGUUGUUAUCUUUCAGGCCCCAUCCAUCCUUCCCUUUCCAACCUCCAUUUCCUAUCUGAACUCCACCUCAGUCAAAACUCUCUCUCUUCGGUGGUACCUAACUUCAUAGGGAACUUCUCUUCUUUAACUUCACUGCGCCUCAGAAGUUGUGGUUUGCAUGGCAAAUUUCCGGAGAGUAUUUUCAGGCUGCCAAACCUACAAACCCUUUUUGUAGGAUACAAUCCACUUCUGACGGGUGAAAUCCCUCCAAACAAUACUCUCCGGGAGUUGUCCCUAUCCGACACUGGAUUUUGUAGCAACCUACGGGAUUCAUUCACUAAUUCCAAACUGCUGACAAUGAUCGAGCUUAGCGAUUGCCAACUAACCGGCCAAUUUCCAUCAUGGCUUGUGAAGCUCGAGAAACUCAUGCAUUUGGAUCUUUCAUACAAUGGUUUCAGUGGACCAUUGCCAUCAUGGCCUGUGAAGCUCGAGAAACUCAUGCAUUUGGAUCUUUCAAACAAUGGUUUCAGCGGACUAUUGCCAUCCUCUAUUGCCAACCUCAGCAACCUCGCUCAUUUGGAUCUUUCAGCCAAUGGUUUCAGCGGACCAUUGCCAUCAUUGCUUGUGAAGCUGGACAAACUCGUGUCUUUGGAUCUUUCAUCCAAUAAUUUCAGCGGUCCAAUCCCUUCUUCCUAUGGCAACAAGUUUCAAAAUCUUCAAGUCAAACAAGAGUUUUACAACAAUUCACUCCAGUGGAACCAUUCCAUCAUCCUUUUCCAGAAUACAUCCUCUUCACAAUUACAAACGAUUGACUUGAGUAAUAACAGCUUGCAGGAGCCUAUUCCGAGAUCCAUAUUUGCACUCACCAAGCUUCAUGACCUCUGGCUUUCAUCAAACAAUUUCAGCGGUGAUGUGGACCUUGGCAAGGAUGGUGCUCUUGAGGCGAAAAAGUCUAGUAUGACUGAAGAUGAAUGGAAUACUCCUGAUAAGAAGCCCUUAUUUGGAACUGAAGUGGGAGAAGGUAGUCCUGUUAAUAGGACCAUCAUGCAGUUAAACCAGCGGAUUUGGGUGGACGUGAAUGGGCGAUAG